AUGGAGGCGAUCACUGUUCUGGCUUCGUUUACGUUUUUGCUCGCGCUCAUCGUGGCUGGGGUGAAUAUCCUGCUAAUUGAAUGGAAACUGUCCAGUCUCACAUUCUGGCGAAAGCACCGAAUUCAAUUCAAAAUCACCGACAAAGACCCGUCAAUUCAUGAGCGACAAGGACGAACUCGAAACCGGGACUUGGAAAGCGCCGAGCAAGAUGUUAUACAAGCACCGGCGCCGAUACUUCAUCCACGACUGGACAAUUUGCAGAGUCCCAGGCGGUGGCAAUCAUACCCUCUGAGCAGAACGAAUCCCCUUCAGCCACAAGUCAGUCCAACAACCAAUAUCUUCACUCCCUUCACUGCAGCGACCAUCCCCGAGAAUCCGUUCGAACGCGCAGCAACUCCCGGGACCGUCAGCCACUUUGCGACCGCCACAUAUCCACGUGACUCCCAGGGCUUCCCCGAGCAGAAACCCUAA